AUGAAUCUGGAACGUGCAAGACCAACGUGUAGUAAUCGAGUUGCCACAAAAAGUGACCCAAGACAGUUAAACGAACAUUUGUCAGCAGAAGCUGAAACUUUACAGAAAGAGUACAAAAGACUAAAACAGAUCGUAGAACAUUUAGCAAAUGAAUAUGAACAUUCUAAGGAGUUGGAUCCAUUCCGACGAUACAGAGAACUUAAGGGCUUGGUAAAAAGAUGUGUUCUUCAUCUUCACAUUAAAGUAGAUGAAUCAAGUGAUGACCUCCAAAACAGCAAAGAGUUUUCUUACAACUUAGAGGUAGCCAAAAAUAGAGAAGGAAAAUAUUCAGCAAUGACAAAAGAAGAAAUUACAAACGAAAAUCGAGUCUUACGUGGCCAAAUUCGAGACUUGAAACGAGACUGUGCAAUCGUUCGAGAUUGCAUCCUUCAACUAGAAAGGAAUUAUAAUUCAUCGAAACAGUUGUCUCCUAUUCACAGAUAUAGAAUUAUGAAACUAAUGGUGAAAAAAGUAAUCCAUGAUCGAUUAUUAUAAUAUUUUAAAUGUGUAAGAAAUUUUAA